CCUUGAAGCGGUGCCAGUUGCGCUGUAUAUUAGUAGGAAGAGAGAGGCGUCCGUGGUCCAGGAGGAGUUGCGGUAAGGUUAACAGCAGCAUCUUAGCCAGAACGUCAACGAGGAGGAAAGGGAGGUGAAUUAUACUUCCUUUAACAUAGUUGUGGGACAGGUAACUGGUGAAUAUUGGAUCGUGCUUCUCUCGAUGAGUAGUGGUAGCCGGGGGGUGAACAUUUAUGUGAAGUCCUUGUCUAUCGAGAGUACACGGCGAGGCAGCUAGCAAGCAAUUUAGCCUUCUACAUGUUCGCCUCGGCUGCCUUUUGUUGAUACAAAUCGAACCGCCUCGUUAGUAAGAAGCGCUUAGCGCUGUUCACUGCGCUUUUUUUUUUACAUUUCCUCAUUUUUCUUUUUUAAACGCUUGCUCGCGGCAGCUCUUUUUUGGGGAGGGAGGUUGAAACUAGGCUAGGAGUUGGGAGCUGUGCUGUGUUCUAGCGCACACACGCGUGUACCCGCUUGUUCACUCUUGUGUUCAUCAGCAUCACCAUGUCUUCAUCACCUACACCACCCGCCCUGGAAGGAAACGCCGCAUCCGAGAGCGUUGGGCUGGCCGUGGACGCGGGUCUGAAGCCCGCCGGUCCCACACCGAGCCAGAGCCGGUUCCAAGUAGACCUUGUUACUGAGGCAGCCGGCGCCGCCGCCGCCGCACAUGAUAAAUCGCCCAACUCCGAUGCCUCUACCAUCCCAACAAAUGACAAAGCCACGCCCGUUGCCGAUGGAGCCGACGGGGCCGGUGGGGAUGAAGGCAAGAGCCGAUUUCGAGUGGUCAACUUUGCGGAUCCGAGUGAAGCCGGUAGCCCCCUGGACGCCGGUCCGGCCGAGGGUCUGCAGAACGGGGACACUGUGAUGAGCGAGACCAGUCUGCAUUCAUCGACAGGAGGGCAGCAUCACUACCACUACGACACCCACACCAACACCUAUUACCUGAGAACUUUUGGCCACAACACCAUUGAUGCGGUUCCCAACAUCGACUUCUACCGCCAGACCGCCGCGCCGCUGGGGGAGAAGCUGAUCCGACCCACGCUGUCAGAGCUGCACGACGAGCUCGACAAGGAACCCUUUGAUGAUGGCUUCGCCAACGGCGAGGAGCUCAGCCCGGCCGAGGAGGCUGCCGCCAAAGAAGCCGCCGAGUCCAAGGGCGUGGUCAAAUUCGGUUGGAUCAAGGGCGUGCUGGUGCGAUGCAUGCUGAAUAUCUGGGGUGUGAUGCUCUUUAUUCGCAUGUCAUGGAUUGUGGGCCAGUCAGGAAUAGUUUUGUCCUGUUUAAUUGUCCUGAUGGCCACUGUUGUGACAACAAUCACCGGCCUUUCCACCUCAGCUAUCGCCACCAACGGUUUUGUACGAGGAGGAGGUGCAUAUUAUUUGAUAUCGAGAAGUUUGGGCCCAGAGUUCGGAGGCUCCAUCGGUCUGAUCUUUGCGUUCGCCAACGCCGUGGCUGUCGCCAUGUACGUGGUGGGCUUCGCAGAGACGGUCGUAGAGCUUCUCGCUGGUGUCGACGCCCUCAUGACGGAUGAACUCAACGACAUCCGAAUCAUCGGCACGAUCACCGUCAUCCUGCUCCUUGGCAUCUCGGUGGCAGGAAUGGAGUGGGAGGCCAAGGCCCAAAUCUUCCUGCUCUUCGUCCUCAUCACUGCCAUCAUCAACUACUUCAUCGGAAGCUUCAUCACUGUCAAGUCUAAGGAAUCCUAUGGCUUCUUCGGCUACGAUUCGGCCAUUAUGAUGGAAAACAUGGGUCCGGACUUUCGAGACGAGACGUUCUUCUCCGUGUUUUCCAUCUUCUUCCCGGCCGCCACCGGUAUUUUGGCUGGUGCCAACAUCUCGGGAGAUCUCUCCGACCCCCAGUUGGCUAUCCCCAAAGGCACCCUGCUGGCCAUCCUGGUCACUGGCAUCGUCUACCUCGGAGUCGCCAUCUCCACAGGUGCAUGCAUCGUUCGAGACGCCACCGGCUCUCUGAACGACACGGUGAGCUCUAUGUUCAUGGCCAACUGCACCGACGCCGCCUGCAAGAUGGGCUACGACUUCUCCAUCUGCAAGGACCCCAAGACGCGCUGCAAGUACGGGCUCCAAAAUGACUUCCAGGUGAUGAGCAUCGUGUCAGGCUUUGGUCCCAUCAUCACAGCCGGGAUCUUCUCUGCCACCCUGUCCUCUGCCCUGGCCUCUCUCGUCAGCGCCCCCAAAGUCUUCCAGGCUUUGUGUAAAGACAACAUCUAUCCCGGCCUGAGCAUGUUCGCAAAGGGCUACGGCAAGAACAACGAGCCCCUCCGUGGCUACAUCCUCACCUUCUGCAUCGCCCUGGCCUUCAUCCUCAUCGCCAAGCUGAACAUCAUCGCUCCCAUCAUCUCAAACUUCUUCCUGGCUUCCUAUGCCCUGAUCAACUUCUCUGUGUUCCACGCCUCCAUCGCCAAUUCACCAGGAUGGCGUCCUAGCUUCAAGUACUACAACAUGUGGGUCUCCCUGGCGGGGGCCAUCUUGUGCUGCGGCGUCAUGUUCGUCAUCAACUGGAUGGCGGCGCUGCUCACCAACGCCAUCGUCUUGGGCCUGUACAUCUACGUCAGCUACAAGAAGCCAGAUGUGAACUGGGGCUCGUCCACCCAGGCCCUGACCUACCACCAGGCGCUGACCCACACGCUGCACCUCAGCGGAGUGGAGGACCACAUCAAGAACUUCAGGCCCCAGUGUUUGGUGAUGACUGGCUACCCCAACUCUCGCCCCGCCCUGCUGAACCUGGUGCACAGCUUCACCAAGAACGUGGGCUUGAUGAUCUGUGGCCACGUUCGCACCGGAUCCCGGCGGCCCAACUUCAAGGAGCUGGGGGCUGACCACUCGCGCUUCCAGCGCUGGCUGCUCCGGAACGAGACCAAGGCCUUCUACACGCCCGUGUUCGCCGACGACCUGCGACAGGGCACUCAGUAUCUGCUGCAGGCCGCUGGACUGGGCCGCCUGCGCCCCAACACCCUGGUGUUUGGCUACAAGAACGACUGGAGGGACGGGGACAUGAUGAACGUGGAGACCUACAUCAACAUGAUCCACGAUGCCUUCGACUUCCAGUACGGUGCCGUCAUUCUGCGACUGAAGGAAGGACUGGAUGUCUCCCACAUUCAGGGACAAGACGAGCUGCUGUCGUCUCAGGAGAAGACCUCCGCGGUGAAGGACGUUGUGGUGUCCAUAGACAUGAGCAAGGACUCUGACGGAGACUCCUCCAAACUCUCCUCCAAGGCCACGAGUCUGCAGAACAGCCCCGCCGUUCAAAAAGAUGAAGAUGACGACGGCAAAGCUCCGACACAGCCACUGUUGGGAAAAGAUAAGAAGAGCCCGUCCAUGCCGCUGAACGUGUCCGACCAGAGGUUACUGGAGGCCAGCCAGCAGUUCCAGAAGAAGCAGGGCAAGGGCACCGUGGAUGUGUGGUGGCUGUUUGACGACGGCGGCCUGACUCUGCUGAUCCCCUACCUGUUGAUCAACAAGAAGAGGUGGAAGGACUGCAAGAUCCGCGUCUUCAUCGGAGGCAAGAUCAACAGGAUUGACCACGACCGCAGAGUCAUGGCGACCCUCCUCAGCAAGUUCCGUAUCGACUUCUCUGACAUCACCGUCCUUGGGGACAUUAACACCAAGCCAAAGAAGGAGAGCAUCACCGCGUUCGAGGACAUGAUCGAGCCGUACCGGCUGAAGGAGGACGACAUGGAGCAGGAGGCGGCGGAGCGGCUGAAGAACAGCGAGCCCUGGAGGAUCACCGACAACGAGCUGGAGCUGUACCGCGCCAAGACCAAUCGCCAGGUCCGCCUGAACGAACUGCUCAAGGAACACUCCAGCACCGCCAACCUCAUCGUCAUGAGCAUGCCUCUGGCCAGGAAGGGCACAGUGUCCAGCGCCCUCUACAUGGGCUGGCUGGAGGUGCUGUCCCAGGACCUGCCCCCCAUCCUGCUAGUGCGUGGAAACCACCAGAGCGUGCUCACCUUCUACUCCUAGGACCGCCGCCGCCGCCGCCGCCCGACACACCGACCACCUCCGCCCCAAAAAAACACUAUCUCUCCACCUGCACAGCAGACCUGGGGUGGACCGUCACCGCAUUAAAGGUUCACCGUGUAUACAUACAUAUAUAUAUAUUAUAAAUAGAAUUACUGUACACUCCAAACCAUGGUAGGGUCCAGGCAGCCAUUAAUAAGAAUACUUUAGUUUGAAUAAGGAAAGAGCGCACUUACUGAGUUAUACUACGAUUUAAAACCCAGCUCCAGUGACGCCACACUCGCUACUGCGUGGCCCCAGCUGGUAUAAAUGUGUCUUCUACUUUUUCUGUUCUUUCCCCGCAGACCCCUGACAUUGGGGGGGUUUGAUUGACUAAAGGUUAGUUUUAGUCAGGCAUUGUUGGUGUGUCUCUGGAGAUGUUCUCAGACAGAGUGAGAGAGGAACGGUUCCACGUUUUGAUGAGGGUUCGUGCACAACGUCACAUCGUUCAUGUCCUUCUUUCGAUUAUCUUGAUGUCACGGUUCUAUUUUCUCCACUUCGUUUUUUUGUCAUUGUAAUGCAGCAAUAAACUGUGUUACAGUUUGAGGCUUUGGAGGAGAACCAUGCAGAAUGCUUUCCAAAAAACACUUUUUAAAAGCCUUAUGGAUGUGCCUUCCAGUUGAAUCUGAUUUAAACGAUGGAUCUCUGUCCAUGUCGAGAUGUAUUGGUGGUUAACGCAUACUUUUGUAACUGGGUUUAAUAUGUGAUUUUAUUUAGUUUUAGCGUUUCUUUUUUUGAGAGUUGUAUUUAUGAGUGGCUUGCAUGAAUUUAGUGAAAGAGUGUCCAAUUAAUCCCCUGAAUAGCUUUCCCCCCUCCCUAUCUGAUUUCUCUUCCUUAUCCUUAUCGAUUUCUUGUUACUUUACGAAGUCGUUUUUAUCCAGUUUUAAGUCUUCCUUUUCUAUUUAUUUUUCAAAAUACUGUCUAAUGAAAUGGGUCAAUUCUCGGUGCACUAAUCCCAGCCGAAGGGGCCCCUUGUGGGCCCUGACGUUGGGUCUUUAGGAGGAGCUCCACGAAGGUCAGACAGCGAAAGGUCCUGCUGUGUCAGGAACCACCAAGUCUCACACACACGCUUGAUAAUCUCACACGCCGCCACAUAGCUGCUUGUAAAUACCAUUUAGUUCAUUCACCGUUAUGUCCUCGAUGUUGAGGGGGCUGGGGGAUUCUUCCAUCCAGACAGUUAGACUUACAAACUUGCCUUAAUGCUAGAAUUAACAUCUUUCAUAGUUGCUUUUUCUCUUAUAAGCCAUAGUGGCUCAACGAACAGGUUCCUGUAGUUACUGAGUGAUUAUUAAUGUGUGAGGGGAGAACAUGACGUGCCGUGGCCCGCGUGUUUCAGCGGCUGCGUGUUUGUACAUACCACUUAGCGUAGCUCCAUUUCACACCUGCUCAUCUCAACGGUUUCUGUUACAGUGGGACAACCAGAAUGUGAUCUUUAUUCAUUUUUUGUUGCCCUUUCAGGCUUGCCUGUUUGUCUAUAAAGUUUGAAUUCAUCGACUUAUCAUGUCUAAUUGUGUUGAAUGCUAUUAACUCAUUUACUGUAGACCACGGCAUCGAACGGCGUUCCCGCCCACACGCUAGUUCACGGUGAGGCUGAUUUAACUUCCUGUGACUUUGUCCAACGCUAGCUCACGGUUUGAGUCCGGCAGUUUUUUUUCGUUGUCUCAUUUCGACGUUCGUCUCACCGUUCCUCUGAGGUAUAGAAUGGGGUUGAUUGUCUGUAUUAAAACGGCACAUUUAAUGUUGUGCGCGCUGGAAUGAGAAGAAUGUGUUUGUCGAAGCAGGAAUGUUUGGAAAAGGUUGCUUCUGAAGAUAUACCUCUAUGUACAUGAGCUAGUGGUGUACCCGAACGGACUGCUUUCCAAUCCUCGGUGUGGGAAAACGUCUGUUUCGUCUGAACUUCAGAUUUCCACCAAGUGAAUAAAUUCACACGAUUUUCUUUCUUUAUUUUCUUUCUUUUUUGGAGUGACUUUGAUCUUAAAAAAAAAAAAAAAAGUAGCCUAGGAUAUCGGUAGCCUAAAACAAAAGUACUAUAUUCAUUAAGAUAUCAUUUUUUUUGAUUUUAUUUUCUUCUUUCCCUAUUCUCCAUAGAUUUGAUUUAUAUUUUAGUCGAUCUUCAUAUAGGCCCCUUUUUCUUAUGCAAUCAAUAUGAUGUGUCACAGUUUGAGGUGAAAGCAACUGUUACAUUUACAAAUGGAAGAUUCCGAGCACAUACUUCGAUAAUGGAGGACGUUUUAAAGAGAGGGGUUCAGUUCCAGGCCUAUUUGGGAUCCACUGCUGUGUUUUGGGGAGUUCAAUGUAUAAACUGCCAUACGUUACGACCACGUCCCACCAUUCUGUGUCUGUGUCCAGAGGAUACGAAUGUAAUAAAACACACAUUUUAAAGGAUGUGGAGGAAUGUAAGCGCUUUUAUUUUAUUAAAAAGAAUCAACAGGGUCUUAAAGGAUCUGUGCAGUGACACUCAUCCGCCAACAUUGUUACAAAGUGACAUUAACACACAAAUGAAACAAAAGAAAAAAAACACGGGUUACUUACUACUAUACUUGUAUAUUUAACUCCAUACACACACAAUCGCAUAACCAAGACGAUGUCAGCUGUGAGGUACUUGAAGCUGAAGGGGGAAAACGUUGUCUUUGAUAUGUAUUAUUAAACACGAUUAUAUAUGUCAAACCAAAUAAUGUCUUGUGUUUGUGUGCAUUGUUUCGUCAUGAAUAUAUAUAUAGACUGAAGAUGUGCAUUGAGGCACAGGUACUUGAUUGACCGUAGCGCGCUCGUACUAAGCCAGAUCGACACUACUACUGCUGUUACUACUGUGCUUUGUUUUUUUUCAGAACCAAAUGUCACCUGCGCUUGUGUCAUCCAUGCAAUUUUUAUUGCGGGGGUUUUUAAUUUUCUGUUUUGCCAUUUGCCAUUCUUUCCAUCGAAGUUCCCCUCCUCUCAUCCGUUGAUAUUGAGCCAUCAUGUGGAAUGUAGAAUCUAAAUAAUCAACCAUUUUUCUCAAGACCGUCACUUUCUAGUAAACACUGCAAACAUGAUAUACCUGUAAAUAUGCUUCGUAGUGGACAUGCAUAAAUUAAGGGAGUUUCAAUUAAAUAGCACAUGGUAUUUAUUUUACAUUGUUUAAUUUAGUAUAAUUUUACAACCAUUUUUUUCUUUCUUUAUAUAUAUAUAUAUAUACAUAUAUUGGUUUUGGUUUGAAAUUAAUUUGCAUGUUGGUUUGUUUUGCCUUUCAAAUUUGUCUUCAGUCUUUUCCCUUCAGUCCAUAUUAAUCUUGAAAUACCUUGGAAGAAAAGCUAUGAUGACAUCCACAGUGCAAAGGUGUAUUCCCCUGCCGUCCCACUGCAGGAGCUGGGAAACACCCAGGCAGUUGAAACAGUCAUGUUUUGAUACGCUGUACUGUAGACAUGGAUAACAUUACAUGGAUAUGUCAUGGAUAGGCUUUUUCUAACAUUGAUGAUAAUCAAUACUUUGUACAUCUUUAUUGCAAUAAAUCAAUCAAAUGGAAUCAAUA